GGCCGUAGUACUUAGAAAAGCGUCUUUUCAUUUCGAUGAAGGAAGGUGUCAAUUUAAAGCGGCCAAUCGCCGGAGCAGAAGCUGUGUCCCCAAACACCGAGCAAAACGAACACGCGUGACGCCAUCCGCCUGAUCCCCUCGCAUCUAUUCCGGAGAAAAAAGGGGAAAAGGGAGGACCUGGCCAUGUCCAUCGGGCUUGGUUUCUUCUCUGGACCCCGCCCACACCCCCACGUGGUUUUCGGAGGAAGGCGUCGGUCGAGAGUUUCGAGAUCAAUGGCGAUCAGUUCGGGAUCCGGGAAGGCGGCUCCGUGUUUCCAAUCGCUGGAUGGAAUCAGGAGCAUCGCUGAGAAUGGUCGAUACAAGGUGUGGCUUUUAGAUCAAUUUGGGGUUCUUCAUGAUGGAAAGAAACCUUAUCCUGGAGCGAUUUCAACUCUGGAAAGUUUAGCAAGCUCUGGAUUGAAGAUGAUUAUCCUAAGCAAUUCUUCUAGACGUGCAUCAGUCACCGUAGAGAAGAUGAAGACCCUCGGUUUUGAUCCAUCUAUUUUUCUGGGGACCAUAACUAGCGGGGAAUUGACAUAUCAGUACCUUCACAGAAGUGAAAGGAAAUGUCACUUUCCAGAUUAUGUAUACAAACUUGGCGCACUGCAUCCUCAGGGGUUGGAACGGACAGUAAAUGAAUUGAGAUCAGGUCACUCAGUAUUGUGCGUGCAACACCAGCAGGGAAAACACAAUUAUCCCUGGAGGGACGAUCCAUGGUUUGCAAAACUAGGAAGGUCAUGCAUCCAUAUGACUUGGAGUGAUCGUGGUGCAAUAUCUCUUGAGGGUUUGGGCUUGCAAGUGGUUGAAAGUGUCAAGGACGCAGAUUUUAUUCUGAUUCAUGGUACUGAAGCCCUGGGCCUGAGCACAGGUGAUGCUCUUCCUAUGGAUCUGGAAGAUCUAGAGCUUGUAUUGGAGCAUUGUGCAGAUAAACGAAUUCCUAUGGUUGUUGCAAAUCCAGAUUUUGUCACUGUUGAAGAAAGGGCUUUGCGUGUCAUGCCAGGCACUUUAGCUGCCAAAUAUGAAAAACUUGGAGGAGAAGUUCGAUGGAUGGGUAAACCUGAUAAGGUGAUCUAUGAAUCUGCUAUCGCCAUGGCGGGCAGUGAUGCCAGUGAAUGUAUUGCUGUUGGGGACUCUCUUCACCAUGAUAUAAAGGGCGCAAAUGCAGCUGGCAUUGAGUCAGUGUUCGUCACUGGUGGUGUCCAUGCUGAUGAACUUGGACUGAGUGACUUUGGGCAAGUUGCGGACGCGAAAUCUAUUGAAGCUCUUGCGUCCAAGCACGAAGCUAACCCAUCAUAUGUCGUACCUUCUUUUUCAUGGUAGUCUUUUUAUAGCAUGAAUGAUGCGAGAAUACAAGAUGGUGCAACCAGGAGGAUGUCUGCACGGAUCUGGAAAGCACCUGUCGCUGCCGGAACUUUAUAUUUCACCUGAAUGACCGCUGAUUCCGUAUGCUUGUGUAUUUCAGGCAUGAAUAGGAUGCCUUAAUAAGUUUACAUGAGUCAAAUGCCCAUGGCAGGAUUUUGAUAUGUUUUUUUUCUUGUUUUUUGUGGUAAAGAAUGACUAAGAACUUUUGUCCGGCAA